AUGAUAGGAAAGGGGGUAAAAGAUGUAAAUGACGCGCUUAAAAGUAGACAAGAUCUAAAGCAGAUCCAAGGGUUUGAACAAGAAAAAUCGGGGAGGGUAUAUCAGAUCAGAUCCAUGGAUUUGGUUUCGGAACCAACAAACGUUGCAAGCCCCAGGUACAAGAUUGAGACGCCGACCACGAAUCCAACCACUGGAAACGCGGCUGUCUCGUCUCCUUCUUCGGGAAGCAACAGUGGGAGCACUACUCCCAGCCGUUACGAGAACCAAAAGCGGCGAGACUGGAACACUUUCUGCCAGUACCUAAGGAACCACCGUCCACCACUCUCGUUGGCCCUGUGCAGCGGCGCCCACGUCCUCGAAUUCCUCCACUACCUCGACCAGUUCGGGAAGACCAAGGUUCACAACCACCCUUGCCCGUUCUUUGGUCUCCCCAACCCUCCCGCGCCGUGUCCCUGCCCGCUCCGCCAGGCGUGGGGUAGUCUAGACGCCCUCAUCGGCCGCCUCCGCGCCGCCUACGAGGAAAACGGAGGCCGCCCGGAGACCAACCCAUUCGGUGCACGCGCCGUCAGGAUUUACCUGCGCGAUGUUCGUGAUUUUCAGGCCAAGGCGAGAGGUGUUAGCUACGAGAAGAAAAGAAAGAGGCCCAAGCCCAAGGUCAGUCCUGCUCUUACUUAG